CUCGCUUCCGUUCCGUCCCCCCGGACCGAACCCGCGCGCUUCGUCCACCGCGAGCGGGCGGCGCCCCCGCCGCCACCGGCGGCAAUGGACUUGCGGUACGUCGGCGUGGGACAGGGGAGCUCGUCGUCGUCGUCGUCGUCGUCGUCGUCGUGCAGGGCGGCGGACGUGGCGUGGGACUCAUCCCAGAAGAAGCGGCAGCGGUGCGAGGGUUCUUCUGAUGACCAAGUUGGAUCGAGCACAAGUAAUUCUUUGCAAAUGCCAGAACCAGAGCUUCAAGAUUUUGAUAAUGGAGAAAAUGAGGAAGAAGAUUACUAUCUGGAUGAGGACGAUUGUGUUUAUGAUGACAGCGAUGAAUUUGACAAUGAAUUUGAUGGGACUUACUUUAAUGAACGUCUUGCUGAUAAAUUUGAUGAUUUGGAUUUGCCUCCAGGCGUGGAGGCUACUGUACCAUGGCUUCAGAAAAUGAUAACUAAUGAAGAGCAAAGCAGUUCCAAAUUAACAAUUGAAGAUGAAAACACCAAUAAACAUCAAUUCAAACAGUUUGACACUGUUAAAAAUUUCUGUGAUCAUCAUUAUGCUGCAAAAUCAGGGGAAGGGACAAGGCGAGACUGGGUGAAGAGGAUUCAGCAUGACUGGAAACUUUUGGAGAAGGAUCUACCAGCAUCUAUUUUUGUCCGUGUCGCUGAAGAUAGAAUGGACCUUCUUAGGGCUGCAAUUAUCGGUCCUAAGGGAACUCCAUACCACGAUGGACUCUUCUUCUUUGAUAUUCAAUUUACCUCCGCAUACCCUACUAAUCCUCCGUCAGUAUAUUACCACUCUGGUGGACUUCGGAUUAACCCAAACUUAUACAGUAAUGGGAAAGUCUGCCUUAGUCUCCUUGGUACCUGGACAGGUAGUGGUUGUGAGAAAUGGAAUCCGUCUCAGUCGACCAUGCUACAAGUGCUUGUCUCCAUUCAAGCUCUCAUUUUGAAUGAGAAGCCUUACUUCAACGAGCCAGGAUAUGCAUCCCACACCAAUAGUGAAUCUGUAGUGCGGAGUGCUUUGGAUUAUAACGACAACACCUUUCUGCAUUCAUGCAGGACGAUGCUGUACUCACUUCGGCGGCCUCCAGAGCACUUUGCAGACCUUGUUACCAUCCACUUCAGGGAGCGCGGGCACACUAUUCUGGCAGCAUGCAGGCACUACAUGGAAGGCCACAAGGUCGGAUCGGUAGUCCCUGAAUGGGUAGAAGAGCCCGAGCACGGCGACGCAGGAGCAUCCACCAGCAGCAGUGCCGCUGCGGCGCCGCAGCCGCAGCCGGCCAAGUUGGGAAAUAGACGGCUCACGUUCAUCAACAAGCUCAAGACGCUGUUCGAGGAGCUCCUGAUGGAGUUCAACGUGAAGGGCGCCGACACAGCGAUGUUUCUCGCCGAGAAGUUGAAGAGUUCUGGGGCAACUCCUACUGUAGGCGCCCGUAAUAAUGCAGCAGAAAUGGUGGACGAGUGGCUGGAUUAGUCAUGCUUUUUUGCCUGACUGCGAAGAAGCAAGUUUUCUUCUUUUCUUUUUUUCCUUUCUUUUGGUAGAUAAGUAACUUUUGGUUGCUAGGACUGGCUGAACCUGUUAACCAAGAUGAUGAAAGAUUUGCCUAUUCUCAAAA